AUGACUCCACGGCGCUUCUUCUUGGUCGCCCUUCUCACGGCGAUCUCAUUGUUCGCCAGAACAGCGCUGGUAGCUGUUAGCCAGGAUUACACAGCUUCUUGGCCCUAUUGCUCGACGACCGGCAACUACACCAUGGCGAGCUCAUACCAGGUGAACCUCGUCCAGCUCAUGGCUGAUCUCCAGGCGGGCGCCAUAGACAACCGUGGGUUUAAUGUGAGCAUGGCAGGAAAGUCACCGGACACUGUCUUUGGCCUCAUCAUGUGCUAUGCCGACCGCAGCUGGGAUCAGUGCCAGAACUGCGUUCGAGCAGCGACCGCCGGGGUGCAGCAAACAUGCCCGUUCAGCCGGGAGAUGAAGGCCUGCUACAACGACGCCUGCGUCCUGAGGUACUCUGACAAGCCGUUCUUCUCUGUCGCCGAUCUUAACGUGUCCUACUACGGAUGGAUAUCUACCUAUGUCACCGACAUGGUAGGCAUGAACGCCACGAGGUGGACGCUGAUGAGCCGGCUCGUGGGAGAGGCAUCCGGUUCGCCACUACGGCUGGCCAACAAGAGUGAGGUGUUCAAAGACUCUGAUGGCAGCUCCCAGCUGAUGUAUGGGUUCGCGCAGUGCACAAGGGACCUCAACUCAAGCGAGUGCACCAGGUGCCUCACGCAUUUGGUGGCGGAGCUGUCCAACUCCCGUCCAAACAACACCUACGGCGCUGUAAAAGGAUACAGCUGCUACGUGGUGUACCAGAUCGGGAGAGACCUGGGCAUCAUGCUUCCACCUUCACCGGCAGAGUCGCCGGAGCCCUCACCACCGCCACCGGUGACGACUCCUCCACAGCCAGAAGCUACGUCGUCGCCUCACCACGGCCUCGACGGAAGGCUCAUAGCCGGUGCAACUUUGGGUUCAUUGGCUGCUGCCGUCGCCUUGGGCAUCAUGGUAGCGCUCUUUUGGCGACGCAGGAGAAAGGAUACUGCACCGGAACAGGAACUAGGCGCUAUUCGCGGAAGGAUCCUCGAUGCCGCCGAUGCACGGCUCGACGGCGACUUCAACGCCGCGGAGAUGGAGCUUGUGAUGGUCACGGCACUCUGGUGCGCCCACCCAGACCGCACCCGGAGGCCCCCCAUCCGUGAGGCUAUGAACGUGCUCCUCCGCCUGGACGCACAGUUGCCAAGUCUCCCUGCAAAAAUGCCGGUGGCGACAUUCGAACCACCACAGUCGUUGUUGGACAACUCCAUUUCUACGACCACCACGGGUUCCAUCAUCAGUGUGACUGAGACCUCUUGCUUGCUACGAUGA